AUGCCUGGUGAAGUCUCAUUGAACGAAACCCUCCAUGCGGGUCCUAACUUGAACCCUGAUGUUUUAGACCUUCUCAUGCAGUUUCGUGCUCAUGAAAUCGUGCUCACAGCGGACCCCGAAAAGGCAUUCCUGCAGAUCGCUUUGGACGCAUGCGAUCGGACGCACUACGCUUUCUCUGGCAUGAGACUUACCCCGAAAGCAAGCCAACCUUUCCCUCGAGUCGAGACUUUGAGGAUGCCACGGGAAGCAAGUCUCCUGUACCGUCAAGCGCGGGACAUCCUUCUAGAAGCAGGAAUGAAGUUAGUCAAACGGACCAGCAAUGACAUGAAACUGCGGACUCUAUUUCAAGACGAGGGCACGGCUUCGACGUCUACUACUCCUCUGAGGAAAGUGCUCGGACUUAAUUGGGAUAUAGACUCCGAUGAGAUUCAGCUAUCGGUGAAGUCGCUGACUGAGUUUCUAGAACGACAAGUUGACACGAAACGCUACGUACUGCAAGCUGUUUCGCGCAUUUACAAUGCAUUGGGUUACGUAGCACCAUACGUCAUAACGCCUAAGAUAUUGCUACAACGCAUCUGGCUGACUAAGUUGCAGUGGGACGACCAGCUGCCUGAAGCUCUGAUGGACACAUGGCAUAGGUGGUGUCAAGAGGUGCCUACGCUUUCCGACUUCCGCGUACCUCGAAGACUCUCUGGCGUCUCAGCUCCUCUCCAGGAGAGUACACAGAGUUUGUAUGUCUUCAGCGAUGCAAACACCAAGGCUUAUGGAGCUGCUGUCUAUUUAGUCUUGCAGAGUGACGACGGGAACAUCGAAAUAAGUCUCGUUUUGGCAAAAACCAGAGUCGCCGCCUUGGGAACUUUGUCCUUGCCACGUCUCGAGUUGAUGGCUGCCGUUCUGGCUUCACGAUUAGUCAAGUUCGUUAGGACGAAGUUGUCCUUGGUGCAUGUGAAGACAAUUUUGUGGACUGAUUCAACUAUUGACUUGUAUUGGAUUCACGGAUUUCCGAUGGGUUCGAAACCGUUCGUACAGAACCGCGUGACUGAGAUUCGAACCACCACGUAG